UAUUCGGCGAAUUUUUGUUGAUCGCGUAUUGAACACGUGGUCAUCUUUUUCAUCGGCAUGGAGUCUAGUAAUUCGAUGCCGCCUGGAAUGGAUUCUCCCGACGACGGCAUUAUUCUGAUCGAGACUGUGAAGAAUAUAGUAACGCAUGAAGGACGCAAUGAAGCAGAGGAAACCGGGGAGGACUUUUUCUUAAUAUCGCAGGGCCAGGCAGUGCAGUAUCCCGAAGGGAACAUCGAGGAAACGAUGUCUCACAGACAACAAACGGAAGUCACAUUAGCAUGGAUGCAUCUUUGCAGGAUAUGCGCUAAUACGAGCAAUCAUAUGAUACCAAUCUUUGAGGAUGAGGGAGCGCAGCAUGACUUGAUCAGCAAAAUACUCAAGUAUUUACCGAUACAUGUAACUGAAAACGACACUCUGCCGUUGCAAUUAUGCGAGCGUUGCGCAAACAUUCUGGUAGCCUGGCAUGAAUUAAGCGAGGGGUGUCUAAACGCAGAGAAGAAGCUGUUGAAUAUGCAAGAUUCACAACUACAAAAUAAGCAGCAGUAUUACAAUCCUUCUUUGGAUAAUUUAGAAGUUACUGUACCAAUGUUUACGACAGCCAGUACGACCAUUGCGUCCAGUGUAACAGAUCCACCACCAAAUCAGCAGGAUGAUGACAAAAAUGGAGUUUGCAAUGCAGAAAAGAUUAAUAAAUCUGACAGGUGCGAGCUGGCAGAGGAGAGAUCUUUCACUCCGUACCAUUCUUCGUGUAACGCUACACUGUGGAUGAGUAAUUCCACGAUAAAGUACGAAAACAAUUCGAUGAGAAGCAUAACACUGAUUGCAGAGAAUGCUAAAGAAAUUUCGGAAAGAAAGACACGCAAUUUGUCGGGUAAUUGCAACGUAGAAAAAUAUGACGAAAAAAUAGACUUGAACGUUUCAAAAGAUAAAAAAAAUGAAUUGACAAUUCCACAGUCAACGAGUGAAUCUAUGGAGAAGGAUUACACUUGCGAUCAUUGCCAACGUGUCUUUAAAAGAAAACACCAUCUAAUACACCAUAUGACGAACUGCAAACAUUACGAUUCAGCCAAAAAACAUUUGUCAAGAACGCGUAGUAAAGCGACAGAAAAGAAAAAGAAAACAGACAACAAUACGAUAAAAAAGAAAGACCGGUUGGUAGAAAAUAUUAAAAGCACAAACGACGAUGAAAAAUCUUGCCUUCCAACAGUAAAACCAUCGAAAAAACGGUUCAGAACUUAUCCAUGUGGCUAUUGUGAACAUACCGCGGAGAAAAAGAAACUAUUAAAAAUCCAUCUAGCGGACGCGCAUCCUGAAGUCGUAAAUAGAAGUCGGAAGUCCUUUGUGGCCACAGAAACUGUCCUCCGCGCCCGGAUAGAGCACGACGAUAAGAUUUACUAUCAUUGUAGUGAAUGUGGCAAGAAUCUGAAUUCACCGUACACCUUCUACUGGCACUUGCGCAUCCACACGGGCGAGCGAUUAUUUACCUGCCACCUAUGUGGUAAACGGUUCCGCGUGAAUCAGGGUCUGACACGACAUUUGAAGGAUACUCAUGCUGGUAUCAAGAACAUACCAUGCGAUCUGUGCGGCCGCAUGUUCUCGACGCGGCGCAACGUCGAGGAUCACAGACGCAUUCAUACCGGCGAGCGACCGUACGUGUGCAACGUCUGUGGAAAAACGUUCAAGCAGAAGGCCUCCUUGUUUGUACAUAAUCGUACGCAUUCAGACGUAUUCCCAUUUAAAUGCAGUUACUGCGGUCAGACCUUCCGCACGCGGCCACCGCUGAUGGUGCACAUCACUAAACACACUGGUGAGAAGCCGCACGCGUGCGAUGUGUGCGGUCGUCGCUUUCGCAUCAAGUAUGAACUGAAGCGGCAUCGAUUGGUUCAUUCGGACGAGAAACCCUGGCGCUGCACCGAGUGCAGCCUCUCGUUCCGCCAAAAACGCUACUUAGUUAAUCAUAAGAAACUUAAUCACGAGACACCACGAGGUUUGGCCGCUCCCCAAGUAACGGGCUGACUCUCUUUUCAGAUGGACGCAUCGAUUGUCGAAAGAUGAAUCGGAGAAACACGCACAAGUCAGCUCGCCAAGAAACGAGCAUUCUGAAGGACACGUUAAUGUCGGAAAAGCUCGACCAACAGUAUCCAGCAAGAAAUGUCUCUCAUCGACGUAUCUUAGCGAUUUCGACGAGAAAUUGAAAAGAAUCAAUUCGGCAGAUUUUCUAGACAACUCGGAUCAAACGCAGAAGCCUCAAGAGAAACAAACGAUGAAUUCUCAAGAAUGUACACAACGAUCCAAACAAUUAUUAAAACAACGCGCCAAAUUAACUCGCUUGAAAACGACGGAGGGUAACAGGAGUGCCUCUCACAAGUGUGAAGAGUGUGGGAAAGUUCUUUCCACGUCGUAUAAUCUGCUAAUUCAUCACAACAUUCACGCUGGCGU